AUGCCUCCCGAACGGCAAGGCGCCCAAAAGCGCCGGCGUCUCCCCUUCAACCCCCCACGACCGCGAGAUACCAUCACCACCGCGGGGCCCUCGACCUCAGCAUCAGCAUCAUCAAGCAAAGCCAAACCCCCUCCAAAGCCGCCAAGAACACAGCCAACGCAACAGCCUCCUCCCUCUUCUUCUCGUCAGAAAGCUCCCGCACGACCUAGCGCUGCGGUUUCGGACUCAGGCUCCGAAGCGCAGUCUGGAUCUGAGGGCUCGGACUCUGGCAGCCAAGAGCGCGAGAGAUCGCCCUCUGAGGAACCAGAUUACAUUCUAGCGGAGAUCACGAAUAACGAUGAGGCGGAUGAUGUGAUGUCGAGCGAGCCUGCUAUCCCGCCGAAAUUGCUCACCAGGUUAUUACACCAUCAUUUCAAGAGCGAGAAGACUAAGAUUGCGAAGGAUGCGAAUGAGGUUGUGGCCAAGUAUGUGGAUGUCUUUGUGAGGGAGGCGUUGGCUAGAGCGGCGUAUGAGAGGGCUGAGGGGUUGGCUGAUCGUCCGGGGGGAUAUCAAUUGGAGAUGGGUUUUUAG